UUCAAUCAGUUGUUUCAAUUUUUGGUUUUUUUACUUUCAAAAAAUAUAAACAAUUUUUAUUGAUGACCAAAAAUGCAACAUUUGCAUAUGGUGUACAAAUAUGCUCAUCGUUAUCGUUGGAAUAUGAUUUUACCAAACCGCAGCGGAUAUCAGUUUUGAAUGAUGUAAAAAUUGUUCAAGUAGAUUCUGGCUAUAAUUUCGUUGCCAUUCUAACUGAUGAUGGACAUGUAUUCAUAGCCAGCGAUGAAGAAUCUAAAUGGAAAACAAAGAGAACAUUACGAUUGAUUUCAAACAAUAAUGAUCGUUUUAAGAUGAUUGCUUGUGGAUGUUUGCAUUUAUUAAUGUUACGACAAGAUGGUCAUGUUUUCGCUGUUGGUGAUAAUAGUUAUGGUCAAAUAACUGGUAAUGAAAAAUCAUCAUAUGAAUGUAUGAUCCACAUUGAUAACCCAGAAAAUGUAAAGCUCAUAGCUUGUGGAGAGUAUCAUAGUUUAUCAAUAACUAAUGAAGAAAAAAUUUAUUCCUGGGGCCUUAAUAGUUGUGGUCAAUUAGGUCUUGGGGAUGAAAAAAACCGAAACACCCCAUGUCUUGUUCCAUUUCCAAAUGAUGAUUCAACACGAAUCAAAGAUAUUGUGGCUGGCAUGUAUCAUUCAUUAUUUUUAUUCGAAAAUGGUCAGCUUUGGGGAUGUGGUUUUAAUUAUAAUGGUGAACUUGGUCUUGGUGAUGAUAUUAAACGAUCAAAGUUGACAAAAAUACCGAUUAAAAAUGUGCAACAAAUUGCAUGUUCAAGAGACCAUUCAUUUUCAUUGGCACAUGAUGGAUCAUGGUAUUAUGCAUGGGGAAAAACCAAAUAUGGCAAAUGGUCAUCACCUAAAAAAUUGAAUAAUCCACAUUCAUCAUUUGCUUCUGCGUCGACAAUGAUUUUAUCAUCACCACUCACAUUUGGUCUCGCAUCAACAAUCCAUGUAUUCAGAUCACAUGAUUCAUUUAUGUACAAAUCAAUCCUCCAAUUGUUUGAUAAUCAAGAUAAUUAUGAUGUGGAAUUUAUAAUUGGCAAAAAACGUAUUAAGGCAUGCAAAUGUUAUCUCAAAUCUGCAUCGGAAUAUUAUCAACGAAUGUUUUCCGGUAAUUGGAGUGAAAAUGACCAAGUACCCAUCGAAAAUUAUUCCUAUGAAACAUACUAUGCAUAUCUACGUCUGUUACAUAAAGGAAAAAUUCAUAUUAAUCAUCAAAACAUAGUCGAAAUUGUUGAUCUGGCCAAUUGUUAUGGUGAUGAAAGGUUGAUGGAAUAUUGUGAAAUAUUCAUACGGAAUGAUUUGGAUGAACAAACUAUGCCCACAUAUCGUACAUUAAUUAUCAAAUACGAAAUGAAGGAAUUGUAUAACAAGAUUGCUCAUCUGGACAAAAAUCGCCAACAAUCUUCAUCAAAACGAACAAAAUUUUUUUAAACUUUCAUGACUUUUACCACCAACAAUCAUUCAUUCGAUAAU